GAAGGGUAUGUUAGAAAAUAUGAGAAGAACAAGAGUCAAUGGAUGCUUUGAUUAGAAGUUACCAGGAAUUACUACAUUAGGUAAGCCUAAUCUACUUGCCAAGUAGCCUUUCCCAUUGAUCUAUUUAUAGCAUACGCUACACUUGCACUUGGCACUAAGCAAGCAGAGCCCCCGCACCGCACUUACCCGAGCCAAACAAAAAAAAUCCUCUCUUGUUUUCCUGUUUAAGGUCUAAAGAGAGCUUCCAACCUAAAAACAGAAGAAAACAAAAAAAAAAAAGUGUCUAUAAAGAGCUUGCUUCUCAGCGAUGGCGAUGGCGAUGGCUAAGCUUGUCUGUCUGUUGCUUCUGGCCAUCCUUGGCAUUUCCAUGGUUGCAGCUCAGGUCAUGGCAAAUGAUACUCAGUACCACCUUGAUAGUGGGAGAUAUGGACCCGGGAGUCUAAAGAGUUACCAAUGCCCGUCAGAAUGCACAAGGAGAUGUAGCAAGACACAGUACCACAAGCCAUGCAUGUUCUUCUGUCAAAAAUGUUGUACCAAAUGCCUGUGUGUUCCUCCUGGCUUCUAUGGCAACAAAAGCGUGUGCCCUUGCUACAACAACUGGAAGACCAAGCGUGGAGGACCCAAAUGCCCUUAGAAGUAUAAUUUCAGUAAUUAACUUCUUGUAUGCUAAGUAUAUUUUCUCUUGGUCAUUAAUUUAAUGACCGGUUAAUUUCCUAGAAAUUUGAAUUUAAUUACUCUAUGGCUCUAUUGGGCUUUUAUAAUUAUAUAUGUGGUCUUUGUAGACCCCCAACCCCAAGUGAGAAGCCUAGUGGCUAUAUAUUGGUCCUGUUCAUUAAUGCAAUUAUGUACUUUUCUUUAUUCAUAAUA